AUGUGCACGAAGCAAUGCUCUGGUAUUGCUAAGACAGGGCUCCAAUGCAAAAUCAAUGUUAAAAAGGGCGAUUACUGCCAUUAUCAUAUAGGCCAGGCGAAGGGUCUCAGUGGAUCUGCUGCGCUACCCAAGACACCUACUCCAAAGAGCUCGCCUAAAAAGAAGCUCCCUGCUACUCCUAAUAGGGUCGUUGUGACUCUGGCGCCAUCAAAAUCACCGUUCGGCAGUCUGCCUCUAAAACCGGUUUACAAAUCGCCAGGACGACCUGCUAAACCAAAGGAUAAGAAGGCUGGCUUCAUUUACUUAUACACAUUGGCAUCUCUCAUGACGAAAAACGGUGGUGAUUUCUUCAAAACGAGGAACCUAGAACCACGGAAGAAGGGUGAAUGGGUCAAUUUCUCGCCAAAGAAGCUGGAGUUCAUGUUUGUCAAGGUUGGCAUGACGACCAAGACUGUCCAAGUAAGACUACUGCAAUGGGAAAGGCAAUGCAACCAUAAACUCAUUUGCUUGCAUCCUGGAUGUGAAGGUCAUGAACAAUCGCUUGUUGAGAAGCUCAAGAGACUUACUAUCAGUAAGAGCCACAACGACAAGUAUAUGUACCAUACAUUCAACCUUUCAGAUAAAGGGUUCUAUGCAGCCAGGAACGUUUGGCUGGCUGAACAAGAAAUCCAUGCAUUGCUCAAGAAACGAUACGGAGGCGGACCAGUCUACUGCCAGGGAUGUGUUGAAAAAGCCCAAGAAGAUAACAAAUUACGCCGUGUUCUGCAUUUCUUCAGGCGUAAGGAAGAUUUGCUGAGUGAAGACUACAAGGUUCAUGUUGAAUGGUUCCCCAUUCCUAAAACAGAGCUAAGAGAAGUGUUCAAGAUCAUCGAUAACGUUUGCAUGCGCUACACCGCUUAA